UUUUCUUGAUCAGAAGGGUUUCUCUUAUUGUUGUCUGUAAAAGCAUAACCGUGUUCAGCCCUCAUCAUACAAGUGAUUGGCACCAUGUUUUCCAUGGGAGCUGGCAUGAAUCCAAUGUCUUCAUCAUCCUCAUUGUUCACGGCCUAUGCUUCACUGUCUGCUUCAAUUAUGUUGCUCAAAACCAUGUUCAACCAAAUUGUGCCUUUCCAAGUCCAAUCCUUUGUCCUCUCCAAAAUCAAACACUUUCUGUUCAAGUCUCCACCCAAUCGUGUCACUUUUAUCAUUGAAGACAGCAAUGGUAUGACCCCAAAUAUAGUCUAUGAUGCCUGUGAAACUUACUUGUGCACGAAGAUCAGUCCCGACGCCGAACGGCUCAAGAUUUUCCAAGGCCCAAAAGAGAGCAAUUUAAGAGUCAAAUUCGCACAGUGUGAGAAGAUUAUUGAUUUCUUCGAAGGGAUUGAGCUUCAAUGGAAGUUCAUUCAUGAGAAAUCAGAGAGUAGGAUAGCUGGUCAUGGUCGUCGACUUGAUGGUGAGACAAGUCUCAGUGAAAAGAAACUGUUUGAGCUAAGUUUUGACAAACAACACAAGAAGGACAAAGUGUUGGACUCUUACUUGCCAUUUUUAAUCAACAAAGCAAAGGCCAUCAAGGAUGAAAAGAAGGUUGUGAAACUGCAUACUUUGUCACUUCAUCAUGGGCCAAUGAUGUGGGACUCCAUCAAUCUGCAACACCCGUCAACCUUUGACACACUGGCUAUGGAUCCGGACUCGAAAAAGGCUGUGAUCGAUGAUCUCGAUAGGUUUGUUGAGAGGAAGGAGUUCUAUAAGAAAGUGGGCAAGGCUUGGAAAAGAGGCUACUUGUUGUAUGGCCCUCCGGGGACCGGGAAAUCGAGCUUGAUUGCAGCCAUGGCUAAUUACCUCAAGUUUGAUGUGUAUGAUUUGCAGCUCAUGAAUUUAAGGGGUGACUCAAACUUGAGAAAAAUCUUGCUUGGAACUGGAAAUAAAUCCAUACUUGUGAUUGAAGAUAUUGAUUGCAGUGUGGAAUUGCCAGAUAGACACUUGAUUAUGCCAGUAGGUUUUGAACAACGUAAACCUAAUCCGCAGUUCACACUUUCUGGACUACUGAACUUCAUAGAUGGUCUAUGGUCUAGCUGUGGGGAUGAGAGGAUCAUCAUAUUUACAGCGAACAACAAAGAAAAGCUUGAUCCUGCUUUGUUGCGCCCCGGACGGAUGGAUAUGCACAUUCACAUGUCUUACUGUACCUUUCAUGGAUUCAGGUUCUUGGCCUCCAAUUACCUUGACAUCCAUGGCUGCGGCCAUCGGCUUUAUCCACAGAUCGAAGACCUGAUGGUGACAACGAAUGUUACUCCUGCAGAAGUUGCAGAGGAACUCAUGAAGAGCAAUGAUGCCGAUGUCUCUCUUGAAGGACUCGUUGGUUUCCUCGAGCGGAAGAGAACUGAAAGUCAUAAAACUGAGGAUGAAGGGAAGGAUGGGAUUGAAUUCCAGGAACCAAAUAAGCUCCAAACUGUGGGCAUGGCUUCCGACCAAUAAUAGGAUGUAUUAAUAGCAGGUUUAGUUCUAAGUCUCAUAAUUCUUGUGAGGCUCCUACUUUUCUCAGAGAUUGUGACUUAUUUUAGGCUCCUCUUUAUGUAAAUUAGGUUGGGCCUAUUAUGGUGGGUUUGAACAAUUUAAACCCAAACCCAAACCUAAAAAACUUUCCUAAAACUUCAGAUUUGUGUGAGUAGAUUAUCACGUACUUCUAUUCCUAGAAUUUCCUUACCUUUAAUGAUACCUAUUGUCAGACUUAGACAUA